AAAUCAGCAAAGUUCGGGUAAACCUGUUCAAGUUGAACAACUCUAAGCCGCUAGAGCUUCCAGCGCCAGACGGCCCCACAAUGACGUUAUCGGAAAAACUAUACGUGCCAGUUAAAGAACACCCAGACUUCAACUUCGUGGGAAGGAUUUUGGGGCCGAGGGGAAUGACUGCCAAGCAGCUGGAAGCAGAGACAGGCUGUAAGAUCAUGGUGCGGGGAAAGGGAUCCAUGAGGGACAAGAAGAAGGAGGAGCAGAACAGAGGCAAGCCCAACUGGGAGCACCUGAACGAUGAGCUGCAUGUCCUGAUCACAGUGGAGGACUGUGAAUCCAGAGCACGCAUCAAGCUACAGAGGGCUGUAGAAGAAGUCAAGAAGCUACUCGUGCCAUCGCCUGAAGGUGAGGAUGACCUGAAGAAGAGACAGCUGAUGGAGCUGGCCAUCCUGAACGGGACGUACAGAGACAACAACACCAAAAACAUGACGAGCAGUCUGCCGUCGGACUUAGCUCUGACUGCCCCCUCCUUGUAUGCGUUUGCAGGGACAGACCAGAAGGCAGGGCUCACCCUCUAUUCGCCUCGGGGUGUCCCCGCCCCCAACACGCCCAUGGUGGCCCCUCCGACAGCAGUACGCUCCCCGAUGCCGGCGGGCGCGCCUCUCAUCGCGACCCCCGUCCUGCAGCGGUUACCUUCGACCCAGCAGAUCAUGUCCAACGGGCUCCUCCCGCACAUGGUGUCUCCCGAGUCCAACUUCCUGUACACGCCUUACGACUACCCCUACUCCGUGCCUGCCUCAUCCAUUCUGCAGUACCCCAUCGAGCCCAGCGAAGCGAUAGGUAGGAACUCCCCCUAUCUGCUCGGUGCAGUGACAAAAGCGCGGAGGCAUGUGGUUAGGGAUCACCCCUAUCAAAGGGCUGUCAUAGACCGAGCCGCCGCCACCAACUAACACCACCACACCACUGAGUGAGUGAGCAUUAACGACCAGCUCUCGAAUCGAUCGAUCGCGAACUGAUCGAACCGUGCGCCUGCCCUAGUCCCACCACCGCACUAUGUGAAGUCUUGGUGCACCAUCUCUAGAUCUUAUUAUCUUUGUACCUACUAGCUUACCACUUCACUACCUACUAAAGCAUUGUUAAGGUCAAAAGCAAGGUUGUUUGUUGUUGUUGUUGAUUAUUUACGUUCCUCUGUGGUCGCUGCGGUGUUAUUUAUGACCAUCGCUAACCCCACUCACCCAUCAUGGUUAGAGAGUGCCCUUACCUGCACUAACUGUACAUAUAUCGUCAGCAAGUUUCCUUUCUGUAUAGCAUGUUAAUUAAGAUAAAAAGCCCUAGCUGUGUUUUGGAUAGAGAAAGAAAGAGAAACCAGGCAUGUAAGAAAGGAAGAUUAGUCGCAUUUGCUGUACAAUGUGCUGUUGUGUUUUACCAAAACUGUUGGUAACGACGCUCUGCAGUGUUAGUUAAUAAUAUCUGUUCAAUAAUAUUAAUCACAUUUAUACCGCAGUUAUUUACCUUUCUAGAAAUUUUGUACAGUUUUUCGCAGUAUUUGUUACAAGAAAUGCCUUUGUUUCUCAUGGAUUAUAUAUAACAUGCUGCACAUCGUGCUAGGCUAUGUAACCCAGGACAACUUUAUCUUGAAGCAACGAUAUCGGGACUCCGAGGUAACAUGUGGAAAAAUUACAAACAUGUUUAUUAGCGUGAAAGGAAGGUAUGCAUUUCGAAGUACUUACACCCAAUUCUAGACAAGUUUUCUAUAUUUCUAAGCGUUGGAAGAGGAAGAAAAGAAUGCAUACCCGGAAAAUAAGCCAUAUAUCUCUACCUCAGGGGCCAAGACAAGCAGGGGUACACUUGCCAUCACGUUUUGUUGAUCAUAACCCAAGAACAUGGGUUCUAUUCCCGAAAAGAGAAAACCUUUGGUUUGCAUCUCUUCUGGAUGAAUCAAACCAGCCACUUUUUUGUCAUCUUUGUGGUGAUUUGAAUCCUGUCACAAGCAAUAAACCAUCCUCCCAGUACCCCACGUUUGUUGACAACAUCUGUUAAAAGAGAAGUGUGAAAACGCCACGAAUUAUAGCAAAAACUGGUGGCUUGUACUCACUUAGCCGCGGCCCAUGAUAAGUUGCUAUUGGUGAGUGGGGGUUAGGGUCAACUUUUUUCUAUACAUAUUUAGAGAGUUAUUAAGACUCAAGUAGAGAAGUAGAGGAACCUUUGAGGAUAGACAUUUAAAAAAUGGAGCUGAUUAGAAAGGGAUAUGUCCUACAUAUUCAAAUGUUGCACCAUAAGUCUACAUUUCUGGUAGAAUUGAAUUGACUGUUGUACGAGAGAAAGCCAAGCUGGCCACAGUAUGCAGUAACUAGUGACUAAGACCAGAUUGUUAACGAGAUUGUUUUUUUGGUGUUGUUGAAUGAAAUAUGUAGGAGAGUUUACCAGUAGUUCAAAGUGCCUUACUUAAUGGUGUUACUACCAAAUAGAGGGGGCUUGCCAUUUCAUGUUCUUCCAAUUCUUCUUGCCAUAUUAGAGUUAGAACCAUUUUACAAUAUCAUGGGCAUUUUCAAGCCCAAUAUAGCUGCUAUGUAACCAUCCUGUAUAGUCAUGUGUCAAAAAACAACACCUGUAGAGUUCUGUGUUCAACCAGCCAAAAUUCUAUGAAUUUUCCAUUUCUCGUUAAUUGCAAGGAUGGAUUGAAUUGCGUGGUUUUCGUCCGCCUUGCGUCCAUUUUUCGUUUUCCCAUCGAAAAAUGGUGCUGAUCGAUUCUUCACACACAUCACCCACCUCAUUACAAAACUCAGAAAAUGUGCCACAGCUUUUUCAGUCCAGUCUUCCAACUGACUUGAUUUCUCACAAUUUUUGCUUGUCACAAAUGCCAAGCUCACCAAAUCAGCCGAUUGAUUUAUCUCCGUUUAUAUGAGAUUUUGGCAAGUCCUCACUUGGUAACGAGUGACUUAAUUAAUGUUUGAUUAACUUCUCAUCAUUGUAUUUAUUUCAGCCUUUUUUGUUACUUAUUUGAUAGUGUUAAAGUAACGGCUAUAAAAAUACGCCAGAUUUGCUUGUCAUAUUUAUUUUUCCCCACUUUGGGCCUCCUUUGUUGGUUUGGUGCUUUUCCAUUUUUGUAUUUAUUUUCUUUAUUCGGUGCAUUUCGGUUGUUAGCGUUGGAAAACCAGCAUCAAAAGCCAUGUGUAAAAAAAAAGUCAGCAAAGUUGCUGCUUUACAACUAAACCAAACCUUAUUCUUGUAUCAAAUAAGAAGAGAAAAAAAUUCCUGAGCACAAAAACAUCCGUCAGGAAAAAACUGUACAGAACCUAUAAGACGACAAGUUGUAUUUUUGUAUAUCACUCUUUUGAAGAAUCUUUUUCCUACAGGUUGACAACUGUAGAAGACUACUUACAUCCGAACAUUGUUUAGUAGUCGCUUGGACUUGUUAGGUUGACCACGCCGUACUGAUAGGGACUUUUUAUGCUCGAUUGAUUACUCCCCUUUGCUACCCUGUAACCUAGUGAUAUUUUAAUAAAAGCUGACAUAUUUUAUAGCA